UCUUUCCCGUUCCUGUUAUGGUUUGUCUCAGGGCGCCGGAAAUCAUCCUAGGACUGCCGUUCUGUGAAGCCAUCGAUAUGUGGUCCCUUGGGUGUGUGGUUGCCGAGCUCUUCCUUGGUUGGCCGCUCUAUCCUGGAGCCUCGGAGUACGAUCAGAUCCGGUAUAUUUCUCAGACCCAAGGUUUGCCUGCUGAGAAUCUAUUGAGUGCAGCGACCAAGACUACAAGAUUCUUCAAGAGAGAUAUGGAAUCCAAUUUUCCUCUCUGGAGAUUAAAGAACCCUGAGGAGCACGAGACAGAGACUAGUGUAAAAUCCAAAGAAGCAAGAAAGUACAUCUUCAACUGUCUGGAUGACAUCGCUGGGGUCAACCUGCCCACCGACCUGGAAGGAAGCGAAUACCUGGCUGAGAAAGCUGACAGGAGAGAGUUUGUGGAGCUACUAAAGAAGAUGUUGACCAUCGAUCCAGACAAGCGGAUCACCCCUUUGGAGGCUCUCAACCACCCUUUUGUUAGUCUGACUCAUCUAGCAGAGUAUGCUCAUUGUAGAAACACCAAGGCAUCCGUGCGAGCCAUGGAGGUGUGCAAGCGUGGUACCCAGCUCUUUGAGGGCAACCUUCCCAGCGUCCCGGCCAGCUUCGGCGGGGUCAUGACCCCUUCGGCCAGCGCAGGAAAUCUCAACAUCGCCUUCAACAACCAGAUCAAUGCAGCUAUUCAGAACCAGGCACACUCGCAGACGUUGGGUACCUCGAUCCGAUCCCAGGCACCCGAGUUCCCGUUCCUCCAGUACCAUCUUCAGUCCGGUCCCUACAUACCGUACCAACCACCGCAGAUCGCUCAGAGGGUGUCCCAGAACACCAACCAACAACAACCGGCAACCACCCAGUACCCAAGACCGGAUCCCUUUCAACAGGUCUACCCUGUCAGAGUGGACAAUCAUGUCGCAAUGGUCAGUCAAGCCCCCCAACCGCAGAGUCUACAGAUUCAGCCUCAAUUAUUCACACAGGUCAGUAAAGCAUUGUCUGUUUGUCUUUUUGUCUCUUGA